GGAAUGUAUAAAGGAUUUAUAGCGUAUGGAAUAUUUCUCUUGUGUCUUGUUUCGUCACAGAAUUUAAAAAAACCAGAGAUAUAUUACCUCCAUGUCACGUCGGAAAUCGACUUCCGGUUUGCAAAAACGGUGGUAACCAGUAAAGUUGUCAAUAAGGAACCAGUUGCUAGGGAAGCCGUUUUCGAUCUUACUCUUCCAAACGAAGCUUUCAUUACAGCGUUCAAAUUGAUAAUAAAUGGCAAAGAAAUCCAUGGAAAAGUGAAGGAAAAGGAACAAGCCAAACAAGAAUUUGAGGCUGCCAAAGCAAAAGGGCAGAGUGCUGGCCAUAUUGUCGCCAAACCUAGAGAAACAAACAAGUUUCAAAUCCAGGUCAAUGUAGCAGCCCAAGAAAAAGUGACGUUCGAGUUAACAUACCGGGAACUUCUCAGACGAACUAAAGGCCUAUACAACCAUGUAAUUUACAUCAAUCCUGGACAAGUGGUCGACGAUUUGAAAAUCAACGUCUUAAUCAAGGAAUCAAGAAAUAUCACAACUAUCAAGACUCCACCAAUAAAAAAUGAUCUUCUUACAGAGGGUCCGGAAGGAACAAACCAACUUGCCGUAGUUGAUCGUAUUUCUCCAACGAAAGCGUUUAUUUCAUACGAGCCGUCUAGAGCUGAACAAGAGUCUGGUAUUUCUGGCCAGUUUAUUGUCCAGUAUGAUGUGGACAGAAGUGACAAUGCAGGGGAUAUUCUGGUAAUGGAUGGAUAUUUUGUGCAUUUCCUUGCACCCGAAGGAAUUGAACCGAUGCCAAUGGAUAUAGUGUUCGUGCUGGACAAGAGUGGUUCAAUGAGUGGAACUAAAAUGAGACAGCUUCAGAAAUCCAUGUAUAAGAUUAUAGACGAUGUUAAGUCAGAAGAUAAAAUCAUGAUUAUUGCGUUCGAUUCCUCCCUGUCGUACUGGAAACCGGAAUUUGUACAGGCAACAGCUUCAAAUAAAAACGCCGCCAAAGACUAUAUAAAAAAGACCCCGGCAAGGGGAGGGACCAAUAUUGAUCUUUCAUUAAGAGAAGGCCUUCAAAAAUUAAUGCAAAUAAGCGGAACCAAGGGCCGAGCACCUCUCAUGGUUUUCUUAACCGAUGGACAAGCCACGUCUGGAGAGACCAGAACUGAACGCAUACUAGAAAAUGUAAAGAAACAGAACGAAGCGGAACUGCCCAUUUUCAGUCUUGCUUUUGGAAAAGGCGCUGAUUUUGACAUUGUUAAAAGGCUUGCAGCACAGAAUAACGGAUUUGCAAGGAAAAUCUAUGAAGACGCAGACGCAGCUCUUCAGAUAGCAGGGUUUUACGAGGAGAUUUCAACCGUUUUGUUGAAGAACGUCUCAUUCAACUAUGUUGAUGGAACAUUGUAUGACACCUCAGUUACUGAGACUAAUUUCAACACUUACUUCAAAGGUUCUGAAAUGGUUGUUGCAGGAAAAAUAAAAGAUCUUACCAAGUUACAAUCAGGCAUGAUCGUAAAUGGAGAAGGAAGUAAAACCAAAGUCUUCCUUCGUGUACCUCCCAAUCACAGCAUUAUUAUCCCAUGGCCACGACCUCCGUUCCCUCCAUUUCCUCCCCGACCCAGACCAUUCCCAACGCCAUCACCCCCUGUCACUACCAGAAAUCCCGGAAUGAUGGAGAAACUAUGGGCGUAUUUGUCUAUCAAACAAAUGCUGAGAGAUAAAGAUGCUCUUGAUUCACCGACAGAGAUAAAAAAGUUAGAAGACAAAAUUCUUCAGCUUUCUUUAAAGUAUCAGUUUGUGACACCCUUGACUUCUAUGGUGGUUACGCUGCCCGAUAACACCAAGGCUAAUCCAAGUGAGGUGAAGCCAACAGAAUCAAAUCAAGCAGAUUCUUUGAGCAUGGGACGAGCGGCAGCGCCUGGCUUCUUGGCAAAUAAUAUGCUAUCCAGUAGCAGACGCAUUUCGUCUCCAAGAAGGGGUGGAGGUGGUGGCGGUGGAUCAUUGUUUCAAAAAUCUAGUUCUUUCCUAAGUUUUGCUGCUCCUCCAAGACGAAAGUCAAUGUUAAACAGCGCUAGCAAUGCAAGGCCAUUUUUUGGGAUAAGUAGAAGAAUGCCGUUCGGAAAUAUCGCUUCAUCUUCAAUCCAAUCCUUACCUAGCUUCCCUGGCUUAACCAGAGGAAGACUAUCCACCACAACCACGCCAAAACCAGUAACGCCAUCAAUACCAAAACCCAGGACAUUGGAGAAAUCUCAAGUUCCAUCUUUUGGAAUCGUUAUUCCCGGCCUAGCAAAACCUCUUUGCUUUGAUUUACCAAUGUCCUCUUCUACGAUGUACAGUAUUUUGAAAUUAACAUCAUCUGUCACAGACUACCGCAUCGACGGCCAGUUUGGAACAGAGAUGAUAAAUAAAAUCACAGUAAAAGAUGGAAGGGUCGUGACAUUUAACGCCAACCGGAGAGACAUAACCAAGGCACCUAUAUAUCGAAAGAAUAUAGAUGGAGUCACCGUAAAAGCCAUGAACACACCGCUUGGUUUGCAGCUGUCAGCGGAAUUCAUAGCCCCAAAGGAUAACUUGGACGGGAUCUUGUCCAUUUUCAAAGACUACAGUGGUAAACUUGUUGACAUAAUGAUGGAGUCGGGAGAAUUUGUCUCGUAUGUAAACUUGGAACAGACAAAUGGUCAACAAACUUCUCUGAGAGCUAUAACAAAAGAAUUCGGUGAUGGAGUCUGUUGGUACUUGGACAAUGAAACCAUUAAGAGGUUUUAUACAAAUAUGUCUCAAUUCGAAGUCAUGUCAGUGUGAAUCUGAUUGUCUCCUACAUCCAUGUUAGUUGAAGAAUAAUUUUUAAUGAAGCAUGAAUCUCUUGCAUUGUAUCAAUAUAUAAAUAAAGCUUCUUAACACAU